AUGACUCAUUAUGAUUUGACGAAGGAUGGGAAAGUUGAUCGUAGAGAACUGAGGACGGUAGCAUAUAUGGAUCACAAGCUUCCACCGACAAUCAGCGAUGAUAUAUUCCGGAAAGCGGAUCGAAAUGACGACAAAUUCAUUGAUCGCACUGAGGUUAUGGCAGCCGCCAGACUAGUUCGGAGACACGUUGCACGAGCAACUUUGCGUUGGCUAGAAGAUCACGAUACGGAUGGCGAUGGUCUCCUGAGUGAAAUGGAACUAUUCGAAUCCAUUUACAUGGAGCUUGGGUUGUCAAUGAGAGAUGUAAAGGGUUGUUUCCAGGAAAGUGAUGUCAAUAAAGACAAAUAUUUGACAUCCAGUGAACUGGUUGAAACACUUCACUGCAGCAGAUUAUUGGCACUGAAAGAAGGAAAAGGACUGUUAAAGGUCUAUGAUACUGAUGGAGACCAUCGACUGAACAUUCAAGAAGCGCAGAUGUUGGCUGGCUUACGUUACGAUAUUGAACCCAGCUAUGCAACAUUGGUUUUUAAGGAUAUCAGCCAUCGAACUGAUCACACGAUAAAUGAGUUAGAGUUGGUCGAUUACCUCACUAAACUACGGGAAGAAGCUGCUAUUGCUGCACUGAAUAAACUAUCCGGUCUCGACAAGAAUGGCGAUGAAGCAGUAUCGUUCAGUGAAUUAUUGCAAGAAUAUGAGAAGCAAUUAGAAAAAUCUAUUUUGAAAAAAAUUUUCAGCAAAGUGGACGUCAAUAAGAACGCUCACAUCGAUCCAAUCGAAUUUGUGUCGUUGCAAAAUUUAAUUGCUGACGAACUUCGUCUCCAAAUGAUACAAAAUGACUUUGAACAACAAUAUUCUGCUUCUAUAAAUGCCACAACAUCUUUGCCUACUUUGAUCAUUUUCAAGCUUCCUAAAAAACGACAUAUUCAGCGGCAACCUAGGCAAAGAAAACGUCGUUCAGAUCCAGAAGCCGAUGAGAAGUUGAUGGUUAGUGAUAAAUCACAUCCAGGAAUCAGAGAAGUGACUGCAGUUAAUACGAGUGGUGUGUAUUUUAGUACAGUAGUUACUGCAGUACCGAAAUUUAUGAAAUCGAGUAACGAAUAUCAAGAAUUCCUCUCCGAUGGAGCCAAACUAAUUUCCGAAAUAUUCGCCAAUAGCAAAAGACCAGAAAAUAAAGAUAUUGGAACCGAUAAAAUCAAAAAAACUCAGGAAAAUUCGAUUUCGGAUGAGAAUAUCUCACCGUUUAUACCAACAAUGAUGCAGAAAGAUCGUAAACUUAAACUUGCAGCUACAAAUGAAGACAAACUGGAAACCAGUUCAGGAACUGAUAAGAGUGGACACGUUAGAAAUCAGAAUGGAGCACUUAUUAAUAGUCCAAAUAUUGCUUAUAUCAAAAAAUUUGAAAAAUUUUUUGAUUUUCUGCAAAAAGCCAUCAAAAGGAUAUCCAAAGUGCUUAAAGAAAACAGCAGAAAACAAGCAGAAGGUUUGAAAAGUCCUCUGAGAAGUAUCAAUAUUAUUAAGCAUUCGAGUCAAAUAGCAGACAACACCUCAAAUACUGAGGCAAGUGAGAUCAAGAAAAUAGCAAGUGAUUCCAAAAAUUCGAUCUUGACCCCGACUACUGAAAAAUUGAAAACUCAGAAAGAUCUGGAUGAGACGAUUUACGAAAGGAUCCAUAAUGAAAACGAUUUUAUCGUCCACACACCUGUUGAUUUGUCAGAAUAUAAAGCAACAGUAGCGGAAAAAUUUGGCGGAUUUUUUGGAACACCUUUUUUGCAGCUUGACAAAAAUAAAGCUAGAAAAGAAGUAAAAAUGAUAAAUUAUGAAAAAAGCGAGCACGAACAAUCACUUGACGAAGCCAGUUUUUAUGCAGCAGAAAAGAUUGAAGAGGAGUUUGAAGUUGUGAAUGAAGAUGGUUGUAUAUUAGAAAGUCAGACGGAUUCCUCUGACUCGGAUUAUUUUUCAGAACAUCCGACUAGACAAAGAAAGCGAUAUAAAUGUAAUACAAAACCACAAACAUUGAAUAAAACUAGUACUGGGGCGCUGCAGAAAACUUCAAACAAAUUUAAGGAAACGAAGUUACCCUCUGAAUCUAACGGGAAAUUUAGAAAUCAAAAGAAACAAAGGUUACAACAUAAACGUUCGAAUGAAAGCGAUUCAUUAGAAAACGGAACAAUUCUACCACUGUUGCAGGAUGUUGUGAAUGAGAGUAGCUUGCUGAAGACGAAAGAUAAACCAUCAGCUGUUGGCGAUAAGGUGUUUCCCAAGCAUGACAAUGAUGAAGCUAUUGAAAUGAUUCCUGAAGAACAAGGCAAUGAAGAGUCUGACGAAUUGUCUGGCGAAAAAGCUUCUACAAAACAUAUAAAUCUCAAUGAGUUAUCACAGCACGAAUCUAAAAAUGAACAUAAUAAAUCCAUUUUGCAACCUCUUGACUCCCGAAUGACAAAUAAGUAUACUAAACAAAUUCAUAGUAAACCAGAUUCUAUGGGACUUGGAAAGAUCUCCUCUAAAACAAAAGGAAAAAAUUAUCAUCAUAUGAAGCAGCGUAUCUAG